UUGUUCCAAUUCACUCACAACUUCACAAACUUCUCUUAAGAUCAGUUCUUCUCAUUGGUUCAUUAUCAACACUUGUUAUUUGAACAUCAGAUAAAAUGAUGAGAUUUGCAAGCAAUUCUAUCUUGUUUGUUACACUAACGCUUUUUGUUCUUAUUGGAACCCUAAAUUUUAAGGUUUGUGAUGGACAGAGACUUAAUGGACUAAAGAUGAAGAACUUCUACCGCAAGAGUUGCCCUAAAGUCGAUGUCGAAAAGAUAGUACAGGAAAUUACAUGGAAGAAUGCUGCAACUGACGCUAGCUUGGGAGCUAAAAUACUAAGGAUUCAUUACCAUGACUGCUUUGUUAGGGGAUGUGAUGCAUCUCUAUUACUAGAUCCAACACCAAAUCAGGCUGCUCCAGUAGAGAAACAAGCUAGACCUAAUCUAUCUUUAUCCAGAUUCGAAGUCAUCGAUGAAAUCAAAACACGGUUAGAGCAAGAAUGCCCUGGAAUAGUUUCUUGUGCUGAUAUCCUUGCGUUGGCUGCCCGUGAUGCUGUUUCAUUCCAAUUCCAGAAACAAAUGUGGAAAGUACCGCUAGGGCGAAGAGAUGGAACGGUUUCUAUAGCAUCUGAGGCGGUAGCAGACUUGCCUUCUGCUUCUUCAAACUUCACCACCCUUCAAGAACUCUUUGACCGGAAAAAACUUGAUACUGUUGACCUCGUAGCUUUGUCAGGUGCACAUACCAUUGGACUCACACGUUGCGGUGUAAUUUCCAGGAGGCUGUUUAAUUUUACAGGUAAUGGAGAUACUGAUCCAUCUAUCGACCCAGCUUUCGCGGAUAUCUUGAAAGCACAAUGCGCGGGCGCAAACGGAAAUGUACUAGAAAUGGAUCCUGGUAGUUCAGAAUCUUUCGAUGGCCAUUACUACAAAAAUCUCAAUGAAAACAAGGGUGUGUUUCAAUCUGAUGCAGCACUUCUAACAAACAGAUUCUCAAAAUCAUUGGCCAGAAGGUUUGAGAGGGAUAAUGUAUUCUUUGCAAAUUUUGCGAGAUCAAUGAUAAACAUGGGAAUCGUGGAAGUACUUACGCGAAAAGAUCAAGGAGAAAUAAGGAAAGACUGCCGCUUUGUAAAUUAAUUAAAGCUCUUUGAUUAGAGAAGUUGUAAGAAGUGUUAUGAUUGUUUUUCUCACACUUGGAUUACAUCUUGUGUGUAUGUUGUUAUUAUUGUUAGUACUACAUAUAGGUAGUACCUCUGUUUGUAAUAACCUGUAAGGGUUUUGAAUGAAUAAUACAACUUCUACUUCCCUCAGA